AUGUCGGAACGUUUCAUCCCAGAGCACCGUCGCACGCAGUUCAAAGCGAAGAACACCUUCAAGCCUGAUGAAUUGCGCCGCCGCCGUGAGGAGCAACGGGUGGAGAUCCGAAAAGCAAAGCGAGAAGAGAAUCUAGCGAAGAGGCGGGGAAUCACUGGCCGUGAUGGACAGCAGAUGGCCGCCCCUGGGGCCUCGCUUGGGGCCUCAAUAGACAGCGAUGAUGAAGGCGGUACCAUCGAGAGCCAGCUGACUACAGAACUCCCCCAAAUGGUGGAAGGCGUCUUUUCUAACGAAAUAGACAAUCAGAUCCAUGCCACUACCAAGUUUCGCAAGCUUUUAUCUAAAGAGCGUAAUCCGCCGAUCGAGAAGGUAAUCGAGACUGGCGUGGUAGGCCGAUUUGUUGAGUUUCUACGAUCACCCCACACACUGGUUCAAUUUGAGGCUGCCUGGGCUUUGACAAACAUUGCAUCUGGCUCUGCGCAACAGACUCAGGUUGUCAUCAACGCUGGUGCGGUGCCUAUCUUCGUGGAGCUUCUAAGCAGCCAUGAGCCUGAUGUCCGUGAACAAGCCGUCUGGGCUUUGGGAAAUAUCGCUGGAGACAGCCCACAUUGCAGAGACUUUGUCCUCUCAAAGGGUGCACUGCGACCUCUACUCGCCCUUCUAGGUGACAGCCGCAAGUUGAGCAUGCUCCGCAAUGCUACAUGGACUUUAAGUAAUUUCUGCCGUGGCAAGACCCCUCAACCAGAUUGGCAAACGAUCCUACCAGCUCUCCCUGUUUUGGCCAAGCUUGUCUAUUCUCUCGACGACGAGGUUCUCAUUGAUGCUUGCUGGGCUAUCUCAUAUCUCUCUGAUGGUGCCAACGACAAAAUACAAGCUGUUAUCGAAGCGGGAAUUCCUCGCCGUCUGGUAGAGUUGCUGACGCAUGCAUCAACUUCCGUCCAAACACCGGCAUUGAGGUCGGUCGGUAAUAUUGUCACGGGUGAUGAUGUGCAAACCCAAAUUAUCAUCAACUGUGGAGCCCUCCCAGCCCUACUCUCGCUUCUCAGCUCGCAAAAAGAUGGUAUUCGUAAGGAAGCUUGUUGGACGAUCUCCAACAUUACAGCCGGCAAUUCUACUCAAAUCCAGGCUGUUAUUGAUUCCAGUCUCAUGCCCCCAUUGAUUCAUCUUCUGAUGAAUGGGGACUUUAAAACCCGUAAAGAAGCUUGUUGGGCAAUCUCUAAUGCAACGUCAGGGGGCUUGCAGAAACCCGAGCAGAUCCGCUAUCUCGUGCAGAACGGAUGCAUCAGGGGCCUUUGCGAUCUGCUCAGCUGUCCUGAUAACAAGAUCGUUCAAGUAGCCCUCGACGGUUUAGAGAACAUUCUAAAAGUUGGUGAUAUGGACAAGGAGGCGACUGAAGAUCCGUCAGCUCAGAAUGUAAAUCAUUUUGCACUCAUAAUUGAAGAAGCUGGUGGUAUGGAGAAGAUUCACGACUGUCAGAACAAUAUCAACGAGGAGAUCUACAUGAAGGCUUUCAAUAUCAUUGGCAAAUACUUCUCUGAUGAAGAAGAAGCGGACACGAUGGAGAAUGCGCCCGCACAGGGUGGCUUUGGAUUACAACAACAACCACAACAAGCAGGAGGAUUCAAUUUUGCUAAUGGUGGUGGCGAUUCGAUGGAUAUGUGA